AGUCCAGUCACGCGAGGAAAAAAAAUGUGAAUUUGUAAUUCAUAAUAUUCAUGAAACCAUUGUUUUAACUUAGUAAAUAAAAUAAUAAAAUUUCAUAAGUAAUACUAAAAUGAACGAUGAAGCAAUAGGAUGUUUAUGAAGUCAUGAUAAAUGACGUUCUUGUGUUAAAUAUGUGUGUUUUUAAUGUCUUGUAAUGUGUUAUUAAAAAAGUGGUUUUUUUUCGUGGCGACUGUCGUCUGUGUAGUAGGUACACUUUUUUUCCUAUUGAUUAUUUUCCGUCGACGCAGUUGUAAGCUGUCACACUAGUAACUCGAUGGAAUAUUUUAUAUUUUAGCGUAAAUACACGAUAUUUACUUCAAGUUUUGCCAUUUUUUUACGUAAGUGUUUCAACAUGAAUGAAAACAUGGCACCGGAAGUAGAUCCAUUGAGCAAUUAUAGUAUAAAUCCAUUCCACAACUUUGAAGGUUAUGAAAAUUUACCGUACACUGAAAACAUUGGACCUUAUCCAUAUCCCAUAAAACUAGAGCAAUACCAAAAUACAUUUAACUAUUACAAUGCACCGAACACUAGUGAAAACAAGCAGAACCCACCAGAAAUAACCAAUAAUGUGGCUCCGAAUAAUGAUAGCAACAAUGAACCGACCGAUCCGAUCAUAAACAACACUUUAACAAAUAAUGAACACAAUACAGACCUUGAUAUAAAACCAGAUAUAACAGAAAGCAUAAAUAAGAGGAGAAUUAAAAAGGAAAGAAGCAAAUAUUUCUCUGAGAAAAUAACGGAAAAGGAUUUUCCUUUCUAUGGUUGCUCCGUCUGUAAUAUAUGUUUUAAAUCAUUACACGAACUAGACACACAUGUAACGAUACACAAAGAUAGAAUAACUAGUUACGAUUUGAGAAUAAAAAAUCAAUUAAAAAAAAGGAAAUUAAAGAAAGAGAUGAGAAAAAAUAAAAAGAAACAAAAGAAUGUCGUCAAAUUGGAAGCAGAGAUAGAUAUUGAAAUUAAACCGGAAGACGGGUACAUUGGCAGUGAAAAGGCAUCGGACUCGAUCAACAACACAGAAUCAGAUAACCAAAGCUCGAAGGAAAAUGAGAAUGGAGUAAUGAAUGAGAAGAAAAAUGAUAAUGUACCAAUAACAGAUUCUAGUACGAGAGAAACAAUGAAUAAACAGGAAAUGCAAGAUCUACAAAAAAUUUACAAAUGUUUUGCAUGUCAGAAACAGUUUACGUUGAGUUACUAUUUAAAGUUACACGUCAGAUCUCAUACAGAUGAAAAGCCGUAUACGUGCGCUGAAUGCGGCCAGUCCUUCAUCACAGCCAGCAAGCUGGGGCGACACAAUAAGAGAUUUCAUCUCGCGAUCCGAUAUCAGUGUCGGAUAUGUUAUAGAUAUUUUUCAAGAUUCGAAUUCCUGACCCGCCAUUUUGAUAAAAAACAUCCAGACGAUAAAUUGGAAGGGGAACCGUAUGAUUACAACGCCAUAUUGCCAUAUUUAAAAGAACUUGAGGAACAGCUACGUGAAAAGUCCGAGAGCGAAAAGUCUAAGCCGAAAACGGAGGAUUUGUGGUCGAGCGACUGGCCGAAUAUGGGGACAAGUGACGAUUUGAAGGAUGUUAAAGAAGAAGAGAAAGUAGAAUUAAGGAUCGAGGAAGUGAAGGUCGAUAUGGAUGAAGUUGAUGUGAAACAAGAGGCGGAGUUUGAGGAGAAGGGCGAGGAUCUAGAUGACUUCAGGGACGAUUUGAAAGAUGAGAACGAGUCCGACUCGGACUACUUCCCGUCGGACACGUGCGCCGCCCCCCCGCGCUCGCCGCCCCCGCCGCCCCCCCGCGACCGCCUGCAGUGCGGCGAGUGCGGCAAGCGCGUGAGCAGCGCGUCCUACCUGCGCGUGCACGCGCGCACGCACAGCGGGGAGCGCCCCUACAAGUGCUACGUGUGCGGCGCCGGCUUCAUCACGUCCAGCAAGAUGCACCGACACGUGCUCACCCACCCGCAGUGCUGGGACGAUGAUGAAGUCAAGACAGAAAAUUUAGACAUCAAGAUGGAACCGUUGAAAGAUGGCGACGUCGUUGACGAUAAAAAGAAAUUAAAAAUGAAGAAAGCCCUCGCGAAGUUCUCGAAGAAGCCAAGGAGUUCGGAUAAGAAGAAAAAGCUCUAUCAGAAGCGACCACACGCUUGCGAGUUCUGUCAAAAGAGAUUUCUACACCUGGAGACGCUGCAGGUACAUAAAAAAUCCCACGAAGGCGAGUCGAUAGUGUACAAAUGCACGUUCUGCCUCGAUGAGCAGCAGGACGAGGCGACGUUGAAGGCGCACGAGGCGACGCACGACGGACCGAAGCCCUAUCUGUGCACGAUAUGCGGGAAGGGAUACAAGAAACGCGAGACGAUGAUAUACCACAGGAAGAACCACAAGCCCGAGAAGGAGUACAUCUGCGACAUCUGCACGAAGAGCUUCAACGCGCAGUGCAAACUGCAGCGACACAUCGUCAGCCACCGCGCCGACAGAUUCGUGCUGCGGUACGAGUGCCCCGUGUGCGCGCACAUGUUCAACACCAAGUACCACGUGCAGAUGCAUCUCGCCACACACCAGAAGGAGGGACUAAUCCAAGAGGAGAAUCGCAAUGAGAUCCUGGCGAUGGUGUUACAAAACGCGCGUAAGAUACCGAAAACGCCGGACGCGCCCUCCGCCCUCACCGACAUCGUGCCGGCCGACGAGAGGAGUCGUGUCUGCAACAUAUGCGGGGAGAUAUUCCAGCACUUCUAUUACCUGGAGGAGCAUCUAAAGAGUCACGGCUCAAAAAUAGCUGUAGAAGACAAUGAAAAGGCUAAAGAAAAAAAACACAUAUGUAAAAUAUGCAAUAAAGGCUUUAAGCUACAUUAUUAUUUGAAAUUACAUAGUUUUACUCAUACUAAAGAGAAGCCGUUCAUUUGCCAGCAGUGCGGAAAGGGCUUCAUUACCAAAGGUAAGUUGAAAAGACAUUUGGAGACACACACCGGCUUGAAAAAAUACCAGUGUCAUAUUUGUUAUAAGUUCUUCACACGGCCCAGUUAUCUAAGGAUUCAUGUUAGGACUAUACACGGUACACAGGAUUAUAAUUUUAGACUAGAAAAACAGUAUGGGUUGUCUGCUGUACCCCUCAUGGGGCACUCCGCUUGAAUUGAGUCGAGCCACUUUUAAUAUAAGUGUACCUUAACUGUAAUUUUAUAUGGAGUGAUAAUUUUUUACCUGUCAAACGUUUAGGCAACUAAUGUCAAUUUUUUUUUUUAAUUAUAUUAUUGACAAGAAUUCAAUGUUGAGACCAAAAUUUAAAUAUAUUAAUAAAAAAACAGGUUUAUAUAAAGAAUUGUAUGAAGUGGUAUUUUUAUGUAUUUUAUAAUGAAUAUGGGUACCUUGAUGCGGGUAUGUUGUUUAGUUUGUACGGUUUUAGUUUUCUAUAUAUGGGUGUAGCUGGGAUACUGGGGGGCACACACAGGGGAGCACAGUAACCGUUAUAAAGCACUUCUUAACUUGCAACUUGUGAUUAUUAUUUAAUUUAGUGUUUUAUAGUUUUAUUUAAUUGUAAAUCUUUUAUGGAUUUUUAUAUAACCCUUCCCAGCUGCACCCAUGGCUACUGUUUUUAGCCUACACAAAAAAAAAAUUGCAAUUUUAAAGAUAUACAUAAAAUGUUUCAAAUGUUUUCAACAUUUCUGCUUGUAUAUUCUUUUUUUUAAAUUGGUUGUUUAUAAGUAAUUUUUAAAUAUAUAAAUAAAAUACUUUGGUACUAUUGGUUGUUUAUAAUAUUUUUCAAAUUGAUUCAUCGCAUUCAUCACAAUGGUGUUGGUUAAUAUUGUACUUAUUUUAGUUAUUAAAUAAGCUGGCAACAAUAACUUGUAAGAUUUUGUGAUGGUUUGUUUAAAAUUAUUAAAAGUAAUAUUAAAAACGGUUCCGGUUUUAUACAAACGUUUUUAAAUAUUGUUAAAAUUAGGAGAUUUAAUCUGUCAAACAGAUAAUUGCUUUUAUUACUAUGUAUAAUGAAAUUAAGUAUUAUUUUAACUGUGUAGGAAAGACGGUGCGUUUUUUUUUAAUUAUGUAUAUUUUUCAAAAUGUAAAUAUUAAACAAUAUUAAGUUUUUGUAUUGUUUGUAAUUAAAUGUUUUGUACAGUGGUCCAAAUGUCAAAUGUAAGAUUUUUAUCCCAUCCAAUAUGAUUAAGGUUUGUGUUUUAAUGUUUUCGAAAUGUCAGUGAAAACUGUUGACGUCUGAAAUGGCGGGAUUUUUUAAAACAAGAUGGCGUCUUUUAAUUUCAAUGUAUUUCAAUUAGGUACAGAUUUUUUAUUACUUUUUUAAUUUCAAUAACAAAAAUGUUGACGUCUAAAUUGGCGGCAAAAUCUUUAUUACGAAUUGGCGUCAUUUUAAUUUUAUGUAUUGCAAUUCUUUUAUCACUUUCCUCAGAAUUCAUUCUAAUGUUAUAAAAUGCACGGUUUUUAAAACGAUCUCAACGAAUGGAAAGAUAGUUGCUUAAAAUUGCACGUUACUUAGAAUAAGUUGUACAUUCAAGUUUUUGAUCGGCUGCGCUGAGGCGGUUGUGUUGUAGCAAUAAUUUUUCACAAAAAAACGUGGUGUUGUAAAUUUUUUCUCACUUUUAAAGGUUGUUAAUUUUGUA